CGUAAACACGCAUGGAGGUCCUGGCGAUGUCCAGGGAGUGCUCCAAGAACUACAUUUUAAGACACACAAAAAUAUUCCUAGAGAAAACGAGACUAAUAGAAAUAAUAUAAAGAAAGAAGAAAGAAGAAAGAACAUAGAGCCAGGGGAUAUAGACUAGACAAUAGUCUAAAAACCCUAUAAAAGUAGAAAGAAGAAGAAGAAGUGUAAGGAGUGUCGGGAAUUCGCUUCCUGGCAGCGACGAUGAUCCCCAUUAUUUCCGACCUGCUCGCCCAGCCCGGGGUCAUGGUGGGCAUGGGGCUGGGAGUGUGCAUAGGCUUCUUCAUGAGGGGUUCCUUGCUGGGAAAUGGAGAGACGGUGGAGGAAGGUGACGACGAGGACAACGACGGGGGUUGGGAUGAGGAUGGUUUCCUAGCAGAGGGAUCUGGUGAAUACAAGCUGGUACUUGUGGUACGAACCGACCUCAAAAUGGGGAAGGGAAAAGUGGCAGCCCAGUGUUCCCAUGCGACUCUGAAGGCCUUCAAGCAGUCUCAAAAGUCCUGCCCCAAGAUUUUAAGAAAGUGGGAGUUAAAUGGACAACCAAAGGUAGUGGUGAAGUUGGACGACGAGGCUCAAAUGCUGGACUUGGCAGGACUGGCUAGGGAGGUUGGUCUGACCGUCAGCCUCAUCCAGGAUGCCGGUCGCACUCAGAUCGCCCCAGGCUCACGCACUGUCCUUGGAGUUGGGCCAGGACCAGCGGACCUUAUUGAUCAGAUCACUGGUCACCUCAAACUAUAUUAGAGUUUUUAAUUUAUUUGUACUGAUGAAUGGGAUAUUUCCAACUUAUAAAUACUGUGAUGGUAUUUAUUGGCUGAUUGUUAUUAUUUUGAUAGGAAAUGGGAGAAAAAUAAACAAAAAAAAGGGGAAACUUUGACCUCAUGACAACCUGCAUAAUUAAGUCUUUUGAAAUUGUUUUUUUGAAAAGGGAUUUUCAAAUAAUGAAGAGAAUCUUGCUUGUUAUGUUAUUUAUGUGCAAGCGAACAUUUUAUGAAGAAAAAAUACUUAAUGCAUUUAUCUUUUCUUUUCUUUUCUUUUCAAUAUAUAUAAGAAGGGUAUUGUGAGGUUGUUACAGAGUUGCUGUGGUUCAGUUGAGCUGCUUCAGGGUGAGGCAAGAAGCUUGAUGAUUCAAUAUUCAGGGUUUUUUUUUGCUGUUGUUUUAUCACAAGUAAUUUGGUAAUUUUAGCACUCUGUAACUAUGAAAUAAUAAAUUUGAGGCACUGGAUCCACUGUCAUUAUAAAAA